AUGGCUGAGUUCGACGAGUACGACUACCUGGAGAAGCAACUAGAGCAGAAGGAGAACGACACCGCCAACAACGACUACCGGCACCGGCCGCCGCGCCACGAGGACGAGCGCCGGCCGCGGCCGCGCGACCGCGAGCGCAAGCGCAGUCGCAGCCGGCCGCGCGAGCCGGAGCGCGGGCGCGGCGAGAGGGCCCGGCGGCAGUCCCCCCCGCGGGGUUACAGGGACGGACGCGACCGGGGCGGCACCCGGCGCAGGCGGGAUGACUACAGAGGAAAGCGGCGGUCGCUGUCGAGGGAAAGGAGGAAGGAGAGGACGCCUCCAGAGGUUCGGGCCGCCCGGGAGCGCGAGAAGGAGCUGAGGGAACUGGAGCGUGACACACGGACGAUAUUUGCCUACAACCUGAACCUGAGGGCAGACGAAAGGGACAUCUUCGACUUUUUCUCCAAGGCUGGCACGGUCAUGGACGUGAAGAUCAUAAUGGACCGGAACACAAGGAAGUCCAAGGGCUUUGCUUAUGUGGAGUUUGAAAAGCAGGAGGAUGUGCUGAAUGCCUUGGCGCUCACAGGGCAGGUCUUGAUGGGACAAGCGGUCAUGGUGAAGGCGUCCGAAGCUGAGAAGAACUUGGCAUGGGAAGCCCAGCAGCAGCAGCAGCAGAACCAGGCCGCAGCGGCAGCCUUGCUGGGGACUGGCCUUGGUACGGCCACAGGCCCAUGCAAGCUGAGUGUCGAAGGGCUCCACCCUGACAUCUCGGAAAGUGACCUCAGAAAGAUAUUUGAGCCGUUUGGUGAGCUCGACUUCAUACAACUGGCCAAGGAUGGAUCUGGCAACUCUCAAGGAUACGGCUUUGUCCAGUUCAAGCUGAUGUCAGAUGCAACCAAGGCCAUGCAGCAGUUGAAUGGCCUGGAAAUAGGUGGCACGGCCCUUAAGGUCUCCAUAGCAUCUGUUUCUAGUGGAGAAGCUGGAAUCGCUGGAAUAGGGGAGCUUGAUGAGGAAGAUGAGAUGGGUGGAGGCAUGCGCCUUUCCUCACAUGCUCGAGCUGCACUCAUGAACCGAUUGGCCAACUCUGCCGGAUUGCAGCCCACCUCUGCGUUUGGGGUGCCUGGCCUGUCUGGUGUGCCUCAAGUGAACCUCCCAAGCGCACAGCUGCAGAUGCAAAUGCAGCACCCCAUGGUGCUGGAGCAAGGACUCCUGGGCCCGGCAUCGCCGAUUCCCACGCAGUGCCUGCUCAUCAAGAACAUGUUUGAUCCCACACAGGAGUCCGAACCUGACUGGGACAAGGAAAUCGGGGACGAUGUGCGUGAUGAGUGCAGUAAGUAUGGGGAGGUUUCACACGUCCAUGUGGACAGAAACAGCAAGGGUUUCGUGUACCUCAGGUUUGUCACACAGGAGGGCGCCGAAGCCGCCCAGAAGGCCCUCCAUGGGAGGUGGUUUGCUGGACGGCAAAUCGUUGCUGAGUAUCAGUUUACACAAGUGUACAAUUCUCAUUUUGGUGUGUGA